AUGGCCCGCUGCGACCUCUCCAAUGCCGAGCUCCUGGACCCAGACCCAAAUCCGGAUCCAGACCCAAAUCCAGACCCAAACCUGGACCCGGGGCAUGAGUCCGCGGGCAGCAGCCAGUCCUCCCACAGACUGUUGGCCUAUAGCGACGCCCUCAUCUCCAUCAUCGCCACAGUCAUGAUCCUGCCUGUGGCUCACACUGCGGUGGAGACAAACGAGGAGCUGAGGCAGAGUCUGCAGGUGCUGCUGUCCACAAAGAUCGCAGUGUUCCUCAUGACAUUCCUGAUCGUGUCCAUGGCCUGGGCCGCGCACAGCAGACUGUUCCAGGUGAUCGUACGGAUAGACGACUCCCUCGCUCUUUUCAACCUGGUGUGCAUGAUGCUCAUCACCCUCUUGCCGUACACUUUCUCUCUGAUGGCCUCGUUCCCAGAGCACGUCCUGGGCAUCCUGCUCUUCUGCAGCUGCGUCAUGGUUAUCGGGAUGGUCCAGACGGUGAUUGUGAUCUAUGCGUUCCGCCGUCCACACCUGCUCCACCAGCGGCUCCAGGGAAGCCCGCACCUGCCCGAGUAUCAGCACCACCUCCUCCGGGUGAUCCUUCGGGUCCCACUCAUGUGCCUGUUGGCCAGCCUGGCUGCAGCUGUCUGCUUUCAGCUGUCCUAUGUGCUGUUGGCCGUUGUGAUUUUCCUGCCUUACAUGUCCAGCUGGCUGCAGUGGCUUCGGAUCAAGGUCCUGGGGCCGGAGGAGGAGCCCGCAGGGGAGCUGCUGCUGUAUUCGUUCCUCCCUCAUGAGCCUGUGAGUAAGGAGCGCCUGGAGGCCUUCAGCGACGGAGUGUACGCCAUCGUGGCGACGCUGCUCAUCCUUGACAUCUGCGAAGACAACGUCCCGGACCCCUCCGUGGUCUCCCAGCGCUUCAAUGGCAGCCUGGUGCUGGCUCUGCGCUCCUACGGCCCGGAGUACUUGGCUUACUUCGGUUCCUUUGCGACGGUGGGGCUGCUGUGGUUCGUGCACCACUCGCUGUUCCUCCACGUGACCAAAGUGACGCGCCUCAUGGGACUGCUCAACACCUUCUCUCUGGCCUUCGUGGGGGGGCUGCCCUUGGCCUACCAGCUCACACACGAGUUCCCCCGCCACUCCCAGAACGAGCUGGAGGCCAUUCAGAUCAGCUGCGUCAUCAUCUUCUUCGCGGGCCUCUUCCAGCUGUGCAUCUGGGUGGUGGCUCUGCACAGCCAGAAGGAGUGCCUGGGCCCCGCGGUGCGCUACGGGGGCCGGGAGCACCUGCUGAUGUUUGCCAAACUGUGGCUGUAUCCCUGCGUGGCCCUGGGCACCUUCCUGCUCACCUGUGUGCUCAGCCAGUUCAGCUCUCCCAUCUUCCACCUGAUGGAGCUCACGGUGCCUGUGGCCUUCCUGCUGCUGCGCCUGCUGUUGCGCCUGCUGCUUGCCCUCAGACACUCCCUGCUGCAGCGACCCUCCUCCUCCACACUGCCCUCUGCUGCAGACUCAGAAAAUACCUUUGGACCAAUUUAA